CUCUUCGCCUCCCGCCAGCCGUGGCUCAGGCUUUGCACUCGGCGGCGACUGAGAACUGUGGCGGCUACGGAGCCAGCAGUGCAGGCGGAGCAGAGCUGUCCGGCCCGGUGGCGGGCGAUGCCCCCGUGAGUCUCUGUCGCUGCCCGUCCCCGCCCCGCGUCCCUACCCCUUCGGAGUCCGAGCCCGCCAGGGGCCGGGCCGCGCCUACCGCCGGGUCCGCGGGGCGGGGUCCCGGGGCAGCACCUGCCUCGCCUUGCGGAGCCACUCUGCCAGCGGAGCCUCGCUCCCUGCGUGGACCCCGGCCCCACCUCGGGACCCUGUCAUCACAUUUCCUCCCCCUGGAAGCCUGCCCUGAUUGCCUUUACCUCCUUUCCUGAAAAUUGCUGUCUCUGCAGAAGUGAAGCUUUGUGCAAAUGCCCUAGGGGUGUGCUGUGGAGUGGGCACAGCCCCCUGUGAUGCGGAACGCCACACUCAGACUCAUCAGCUCCGUGAGCUUGCCUUUCCUUCCAGAGUUGCCUGAAGCCCUGCUGCCCUGCGGACCAUGUUUAACGGGGAGCCUGGUCCAGCCUCAGCUGGGGCCUCCAGGAACGUGGUACGGAGCUCCAGCAUCAGCGGCGAGAUCUGUGGAUCCCAGCAAGCAGGGGGUGUGGCCGGGACCACCACAGCCAAGAAACGGCGAAGCAGCCUGGGUGCCAAGAUGGUGGCUAUCGUCGGCUUGACCCAGUGGAGCAAAAGCUCACUGCAGCUCCCCCAGCCGGAAGGGGCCACUAAGAAGCUGCGCAGCAAUAUCCGACGGAGCACAGAGACUGGCAUUGCGGUGGAGAUGCGAAGCCGAGUCACGCGUCAGGGCAGCCGGGAGUCAACGGAUGGAAGCACCAACAGCAACAGCUCCGAGGGCACCUUUAUUUUUCCCACGAGACUUGGAGCUGAAAGUCAGUUCAGCGAUUUUCUGGAUGGCCUGGGACCAGCCCAGAUUGUGGGGCGACAAACAUUGGCAACGCCCCCCAUGGGAGACGUGCACAUUGCCAUCAUGGACCGGAGCGGGCAGCUGGAGGUGGAAGUGAUCGAAGCUCGGGGCCUGACCCCCAAACCAGGCUCCAAAUCCUUCCCAGCCACCUACAUCAAGGCUUACCUGCUGGAGAACGGGGCUUGUGUAGCCAAGAAAAAAACAAAGGUGGCCAAGAAGACUUGUGAUCCCUUGUACCAGCAGGCUCUGCUAUUUGACGAGGGGCCCCAAGGCAAGGUUCUGCAGGUGAUCGUCUGGGGAGACUAUGGCCGUAUGGACCACAAAUGCUUCAUGGGUAUGGCCCAGAUCAUGUUGGAUGAGCUGGACCUGAAUGCCGCUGUCACCGGCUGGUACAAACUCUUCCCCACGUCCUCUGUGGCUGACUCCACGCUCGGAUCCCUUACCAGGCGCCUGUCCCAGUCCUCUUUGGAAAGUGCCACCAGCCCCUCCCCCUCGUGCUCCUAAGGACAUCACUGAGGACAAGAGGCCAGGGGCUGAUGGGUGAAGGGAGCCCGCUGGCACACCACCCCCUGUACAUAGUCUCCGUGUCUUUCUGGACCCCUGACCCUGCUGCAUGCCUGUUGGCCACUGGGCUUGUCCCAGCUGGCAGUGGAGACUGUAGUGUGUCUGUGUGUAUGUGUGACCACAUUAUAUCCAUUUGUCUGGAUACAGUCAGUCCUGGUGACACAUGGAAUGCAAUCCAUGUCUCUAUCUUGCUGGAAAGAAUCUAAAGGUACACCAUGUGGACACGUCUUGCCCCUGGAGUCUCAAGGGGCGGAAGUAGAGGGUGUGGCCACUGGUGGGCCUGGUUGUCUUAUGGUCUCCGCUUGAUUUUCUGUCCUGUCUUUUGUUUCUUUGCCUCUCCCAUCAUUGCUGCUCUUUUCUGAGGAAUGUAGCAUCCAUUGCAGCUGACCAUACCUGGUUCCCUCUAGAAAUCCAAUCCCUUCUCCCUACCCAGCCACGCUGGUGGUCAUCCCAUUGAAUGCAUUCCACAGCAUGGGGCAUGCUCACUCAGUGCCCUGACCCAGCCCUCAGGAAAGCCAGAGGAUGUCUGGGGAAGAGAGGCCUUGAGAAUGUUUCUCUCCCUGGAGCUGACACCUUCUUACAGGCCAGGUACAGGAGAGCUGAGUUCCAGGGUGCUGACCAGACACCUAGAGGACAUGCUAGGGCCUCUCCUCCUCUGGAGUGUGCUCUCACAUGCCAAAGGAGCUCCCCCAGUGGACCCAGGGGUUUGCCUGUCAAAGCAGAUGGCCUUCUCAGGCAUCAAGGAUGGGCCUGUCCCCUUUUGUGAUAUCUCUGAAGGAGCAUGGCUUGGUAAGAGGUGUCAUGAGUAGGGCUGCUUGCUGGAGUAAGGAGAGCUAAGGCUGAAUUGUCUUGAGCUACCGUCAAGAAUCCUGUCUGACCUGGGGUUAGCUGCAUGAAGCUGUUCUUCCAGGGCUCUGCUUCCUUUGCUCAUCUGUAGACACCAGUCCCCAGCUGGGGUUCUGACACACCAGGGCUCCAGCCUGGCUCUGCACUCGGGUGCCUCUGUCACCAGCUCUGUACCAGCAAUACUCACCCCUCCACCUCCCAGCCUUUGAGUGGUCCCCUGCUCCUUUGGGCAGUGGCCUGCACUAGGCACCUACUGCCUCUGCUUUACCACCCCUCCCCCUGUCUGGUUGGGGCUCCUCCCAACCACUGAGAACCCUGUCGGAGGGACUAGUGCCUGGGCUCCCGCCUGAGGCAGCUGUUGUUAAUACUAAAGGCUAGCUCCGGAAUGCCGUAUCUGUUCCUCCUCUCUUUAGCUAUAGGGUGGAAUUGGAGGCUGUCUGGGAGAUGGCAAAGCAGCCCUGGUCCAUGUCCAAGAGGAAGGAGGAGGUGGGGAUAGAGGCAGGCUUUUUCUGUCUCUUCUAGCCCAAGUACCUGGGCAGGGACAGCUACCAGGGUGACUGUGAAAAGCCCUUGGCCCUUGUGUGAAUUCCAUUUGUACCAAAGCUGGGGUGCAUCAAACCAGGCCAGCCCAAAAGGCCUCCCUGUAGUCAGAGUUCAAGGUAGUGAAGAAGCCCCCACACAAACUGGGGGUGAGGGGGAGGAUGGUGAACAGGACCGAGGGCAUCUGUGCAGGCGGGGUAGUGAGGUAGUAGCCAGUGAGGUUCUCUUGCUGGCUGGGGAGUAUAUGUAUCUCCUGUAUCACUAGUCACGGGACAGAGCACGCUGGCCUCUGACCUUAGUGGGUUGGGGCAAGAAAGAAGCUGGCUUGGAAAAGGCUGUUUUCAUCUUGCUUGUAGUGUGUUCGCCUGUAAAGCUGUUAUCCUCUGGAUGGUGUGAAAACCAUCGGGAGUGGAGGAGGGCCAGUGACCUCUGCGGGUGUGGCACUAAGUCACCUCCAGGAGUGGGAGCGGCCAGCAGAGGGUCAGCAUGGGGGUGUGCUAGAGCCAGAGGAAGGGGUGAUGUGCUGGGAACUCAUGCUAACCUGCCUGCCUACAGUCAGUGGCUGUAAACUGCCUAGGAGUUGGGCACUUAGCUGUCCCACCCCUCUCGUGGAAGGUAACCCCCUCCCCCAGUUGAUCUUGGGGAAUUCACUCUUUUUAAUAAAUAAUCCCGCCUAGAUUCUUGCCCAUUGUGUAAGGCUAGUGUGUACAUGUGAUAGAGAGGCUGGAUUUAAAGCUGUUUCUCAGCACCCUGGAUUCAGGGCUUUACCAGGAUGCCGUUCUAGAGAUAGCCCUGUCCCAGAAGAGGAGUGUGACUCCUGCCUGGGCUGGGAGCCAGCUGCCCUUUGAGGAAAGGACAAUGAGUCAAGAAGUAACUGGGUCUUUGUGAGGUCCUUUACCAACAGGCCACCUCAUCCCCCGCCCCGGUGGCAGUCAUCCCGUCUCCUCUACGCAGGCCAGAUUCAUCGGCCCUGUAGUUAGGCAGGAGCAGCCCUGCCACGAUGCUGGGCUGUGGCAGUGAUGAGGGACUCAGAGCACAUGGCUCUGUAUUUCUGCCCUGCUCAGCCUGUCCCACUUUCCCACAGAUUCCUUCCCUACAAGGAAGUCAGAGAUGGGACUCUGUGAUAGGAAACAUUCUCCAGGAAAUGGGCCAGGUCUUGGUUUGACAAGGAAGGGGACAUUUGGUCCUUUGGGGAAGAACCAGUCGCAAAGGAGCUUUCACCCAGUCUCUCCUCCCACCCAGCUCUACUGAGGAGCACCUACUCAGGUGGUCCUGGCAAUGCCAGCAUGCCACAAGGUAGAGGCAGAACCAAGGAAAGCUCUAGAGAAGCAGGGGUGGUGGUGCCGGGGUGAUCCUGCACUGGGGUCAAGCUAACUCUCCCAGGGGCUCGACCCCCCAACCAGGGAAGCAUGCCAGCACUUCCUUUACUGCCAGCCUGGGGGAGACCAGCAGCCUCGUUUUUUUUUUUGUUUUGUUUUUUGUUUUUUAAAAGACAAUUGAACCCUCCCGGGCAUUUCUUUGGAAAUGAAAUGUAGCACAAUCCUCGACUGUGUUCCCAGGAGCCCUGUCAUACCCAGGGGCCUCACACCGCAGGUUCUGCUUCCCCCGGGGACCCAGAGCUCCUGAUACCUCAUGUUCUCCACCACCCUUGGCCUAGGAAGCAGUGGCACCCAGCAAGGCUGCUCUUCUGUGUUUCUCCGAUUGCGUCCAGCACUGUGCAAACUCUUUAAGAAGUCGCUGCCUUUGACCGAGGCUGCUGUCUUCUGCGUGGGGAGAUGUGGUACUUCCUGCAGGGCCGGAAGCUUGUCCAGCAGCAUUUCUGUCGUGGCCACAGGGAGGUGGACGAGAAGAGGCUUGCUUCCCUACCACCUCCUACUCUCCUGCUCCUCAGUUGUCUCCACUGUCCUGACACAUAAAGACGUUCUUUUGAAUACGCCGCCUCUCCUGCAUCGUCUUCCUCGGGAUGAUCAGAGAGGAGCUGGAAACAUAGACUCCUUCCCUGCCUUCUCCCUCCAGUCUGCUUCUAGCCCAGGUCCUAAGAGGCUGGGGAGAUCAGCCACCAUCAGAGAGCAGGGGAGCCCUGUCCAAUCAGGUGUGGCUUGAUGGUGGCAGGAUCAGCCUGGCCUGGCUGGGAAAGGGUCAUUUUGAGAGUGCCUGAGCAUCUCAGAGCAAUGUCAGUGAUGCCAAAGAGAGCGACUUGGCCUCCUUGGGUACCAGCUCUGUCGGUGGAGCUGGACAAACACGGAUCAGAAGUUGGCAUCCCAAGGGAAGGUCCUUGUUCUCUGACAAAGGGCUUAAUCUUUCCAUGUAGCAAAGCAACUCCCCUCCCCCAACCCUGAGUUUGGGCUUCUGUGGGCCCAGCAUGGCUGUGCCUGUACGGAAAAACCAAGCCGUGUGAGUGACAGACCUGUUUUCUCCCUAGGGCCUAGUCUGUCUCAGCAGGUGCUCCUUGAAAAGCGUGAGUGUUGCUUUGGAGAAACUGGUUCUGGCUGGACACUUGCCCGCAGGGACAGGCUCUUGGACCUGCCAGGAAGUUCAUACUGAUGAUGCCAGGAAGGGUCCCUGGAUCUGAGAAUCCCAGGGACAACUGAGCAUCUGCCCCAUUAGCCAAUGACCUGGACAGGGAUGGCUGUUCUGUACCCCUCCCCCCUCUUUUUGCCAGAAACUGUGACCUGUGCGAGACUCCUCACCGGGAUUUGGUGCCCUCAUCUGUAACAUCAGAGCAUUAGCUGUUUGCUCCAUGGCUCCCUCCAGGCUUCAGAAGUCUAUAGCUUGCUUGGGUGGUGAGGGCGGUAAGGGCCAGGUUCUUGUGCUUGGAGCAGGUCCUCAUUUGAUCAUACUGCUCCUGGCAAAAGAACCCCAGAGCCCACAAACAUGGCUUCACCUCUUUGUAGCCCCCCCCCCCACCUCUCUGGUCUUGGUGAGAAAUGACUGAUUCCAAGGUGCCAUAAUGUCACCAUCUCUGCUGUAUCCUGAGUAAGGCCAUUUCUCAUUCUGCUUCUAGAUGGCAGCCCGGGAAGAGGGGGCACUUGGAGCCUUUAAAAGGAAUUCUCUCUGGUGGGAUGAGAGAAGGAAAUUCCAAGUAUUUGGCUUUUUAAAACCACUUCUCCUUCCCAAAUAUCUUCUCCCAAACGUUAUCUAAGAAGGCAGAGUGGCUUCUUCCUCAGGGAAAGCAGACCUGAGACUUCUAGCAACUCCUGUAGCAUGGAAACUCACAGAAGGCAGGAACCCCUUUUUUAGAAUUUCCAAAUGCAUCCUGCAAAGAAAGAGAGCGAGAGCUGUUAGGGACUGACAAGCACACUGUUUAGAUAAGAAGUAAUUAGCCUUUUAUAUCUGAGCUCUCUGCAGUUUCUGUGUGCAGCGUCUUUCCAAACUGCGGCUCCUGGAUGGCAGGUGGACAGCUGGGAGGGAAUGCCGGCUGUCUCAUGUGACAACGUCCUUGCCAAUCCCCUUGAGGAGAAAAUUCUUCACAUGGCUUCUGCAUGUACAGUAUUUGGGCAGCAAAAAAAAAAUUAAAGUUCAUUUGAAAUUGG